AUCAUCAUAUACUUCCAAAACAAAUUAAAGCCAUUUAUUUACCUGUCUAUAUUUUUCGGUGCAGCAUUUACAAAAGCAUAUUUUUUUCCUCCUAGGAUGCUAGAGGUGUUCCUGUCCCGCGUUUGAUUUUGAGGCUAGAGCUUAAUUACCGGAAUUCUUGGCAAUUUUAAAGGGUUUGGUUGAAACCGUGAAGAUGGCACCGAAUUCCAUGAGUUUCCCAAUGUUCUUUGUUAUGUUUUCCAUAGCUUUCCCUGUUGUUGUCACAGUUACCUUCAUGUAUCGAAACUCUAGUUUCGGACUAUUCGAGGGGUAUUCAGAAGGCAACUUACAAAGAGGAACAUCUCAGAACGUUACUACUGCUGCUGAGCGGUUACCAAACGUUACAGAAACUCAUGGCUUUCAAUUGGGAAGAGCAAUCCAAAAUACAACACAUGACAGCUCAGGAGGAAAAGAUCAAGGAAAUAAUAACAGUACUGUCAGCAGUGGAGUUAAGGAACGACAAAGGAGAUCCCAAAAUCAUACCUCUAUUGAAGGAAGAAUCAAGAAUAAUAUUACAACAGCAGAUGAUGGCUCAAAAAUCGCUUCAUUGACAAGUUCAAAAAAUGAUUCAACUCCAGCACAUGUUAAUCUUGAUGACAAUGACAAGCUACUUGGUGGACUGUUAACCUCUGGAUUUGAUGAAGAAUCGUGCAUAAGUAGGAUUCAGUCCCACUUGUACCGCAAAGCUUCUCCUCACAAACCUUCUCCAUAUUUGAUAUCUAAACUACGUAACUACGAAGAAAUUCAUACAAGGUGUGGACCUAAUACUAGAGCUUAUCACAGAAGCAUGACAAUGAUUGAACACUCAAAGAACAAAGGUGCUGCUACAUUGUGUAAGUACCUUAUCUGGACACCUGCUAAUGGUUUGGGUAACCAAAUGAUUAACCUGGCUGCAACAUUUCUUUAUGCCAUCCUCACUGAUCGAGUGCUACUUGUAGAAUUUGGGAAAGACAAGCAUGGCCUAUUUUGCGAGCCAUUUCUCAAUUCAACUUGGAUAUUGCCUCGUAAGUCUCCUUUCUGGAAUGAAAAGCAUAUAGAGACAUAUCAGAUCUUGCUAGAGAAGGAUAGGGCUAGCAAUUCAACGGAGGAUUUACCAUCAGUUCUGUUUAUUAACCUACAACACACACGUAGUGACCCUGAGAAAUAUUUUCACUGUGACCAUAGUCAAGAUCUGCUCCAGAAGAUUCCUUUGUUGAUUUUGCAGUCUGAUCAAUACUUUGUGCCCUCUCUGUUCAUGAACCCUUUUUUCAACCAGGAGGUUACCAAAAUGUUUCCAGAGAAAGAAACAGUUUUCCACCAUUUGGGUCGCUACCUUUUUCACCCUUCAAACGAGGCAUGGAAACUGAUCAGCGAUUACUAUGAGGCACACUUGACCAAGGCAGAUAAACAGAUAGGCUUACAGAUUAGAGUAUUUAGUCCUGUUUCUACUCCACAGCAAGCAGUCAUGGAUCUAGUUUUAAGCUGCACAUUGAAGCAUAAGAUACUGCCACAAGUGGAUUUGCAAACUUCUGCUGGAAAAAACCAGACUACUGUAAAAGCAGUUCUUGUGGCAUCUUUAUAUCGAGAGUAUGGAGAUAAUCUAAAGAGGAUGUAUCGGAAGAAUCCAACACUUAGUGGGGAAGUGAUAAAAGUUUAUCAGCCAAGCCAUGAAGAGCAUCAAAAGUAUAAUGAUAAUAAGCAUAAUAUGAAAGCUUGGAUAGACAUGUAUCUGCUAAGUUUAUCUGACGAGUUGGUGACUACCUCUCUCUCUACUUUUGGCUACGUUGCUCAGGGAUUGGGGAAUUUGAAACCGUGGCUUCUUUACAAGCUAGUCAAUAACGAGACCCAUUUUCCACCAUGUGAACGAGAUUUCUCAUCGGAGCCUUGUUACCAUUUUCCUCCCAAGCAUUACUGCAACGGAGAGCCCCUCAAAGAUAUUGUUUCUUCUUUCCCCUAUUUGAGGCCGUGCAAGGAUUUUAGGGUUGGUUUGAAGAUGGUCAAAGAUUCUAUAUAGGUGCAUAUUUUUCGUGGUUAAGCUAGUGAUCGAAUGGUUCCUUCAACAAAAUUACACACCUAACUUCUAAAUUUUCAAACAUAGAUUGUAGUCGCUCUUAGCUCAAUUAGUUGCCUUCAUUUUCAUCUAUGUUUUUAUAUAUAUUUGUCGGUGGAUUAUUUAACGGAAGAAUAAUGAUGAUAUUUAAACACCUACAAAUUUCAAAUA